AUGCCAGACCCAUACAAGACUUAUGAGAUGGCGAGUGAGGGUAUUGGUUUCGCAUGUGCAGCAGCAGGAGCCUCCGCAGGGGUUGCAAACCCCAUGGGCGUGGUCCAGAAUGCCCAGCAGGCGUACCAUAUGCACCAGUAUGGAAAGAUUGUAAGCCCACAUAGCACAAACAGCUUCACAAUUAAAGCAAAUCCUGACCUGAGUUUCACAAAGCAAGUGCAAGGCAUGAGGCAAGCUAUAGCCAAUGAGGAGAAAGCUCGCGAAUACCAACGCCAGAUGCAGUCUCCGCAAGUCCAGGCUUCUUCUCUGGCUUAUGGGUCAAAUGGAAUUACUAGGGAGAAUGGGUAUGUGCAAGACAAGGAUGGUAGGAUUGUCUAUGUUGGGAAGAAGUGA